GUCGGAGCACAGUGGUACAAACAUAACUUCCAUUCUUCUCCCAUAGUAUCGUAACUUGUAAGCUCUGCGUUUCGUUUCUCGUUCGGACAGAAAUCUCAGCAGAAAGAUGGGAAGCCCCGCCCCCGCUGUUGAAGAAGAAACGCCCCCGGCAAUCAAAGCUCUCGGCUCUCUCUUCAAGCUCACCGAAAUUUAUCUCUCGGAUGAUACUUCGUAUGAAGCUCAACGAUGCUUGGCUUCUACGGAAGCUACGAGAGCCAUCCAUGAAGAUGCUGUUGAUUCAAAUAUUAAUUCGGAAUUUGAUUUCUUACCAGAAGAUAUGGAGCUUGCCAAACUGAUGAGUGGAAUGGGGCUCCCUAUGUCAUUCCACACCAAGCAGAGGAAUGAAACACCUGGAGGAAAGAGAAAGCAAAAGAAGAAGCAUACAAUUCCCACUCAAGAUGGUUUGCAAGAGCCUAUAGAAGAAAUGGUGGGUGGGUAUGCAUCUUCUACAAUUCUGCACAAAACAAGUGAAUCAUUGUCUUGCUUGUUAAUAGGAAGAGAGAGUGAAUUGUCAACCUUUGAUAAUGCAGCUAGUGUUGAUGAGGUUUGUCAUAUCCCUGCUAGAGUGAAAGAUUCAAUCAGCUCAACUUCGUCUAGUGCUAAAUCUACAAUUUAUGAAUUUAUUCCCAGUGAUCUUGGGCAGGACCAAGAAUUAAAUUCCAAGUCUACAUGUCAUGAUAUUUUACUAAGUGAAGACGUUGGAGUUAUGGAGCACUUAUCUUUAGAUGGGAUAGUUGGUGCUGUAUGUGAUAGCAAGGACCUAACAGGAGACCCCAUGGAGUCUAUUUGUGUGGAGUCCACCUUAGCAGUUAACCAUGAUGGUAGAAGUGGUUUUGGUGAUUGGAAGGUGUAUUGGGACAACUUUUACUCGAGGAACUACUUUUAUAAUCUUAUUUCACAAGAAUGUACAUGGGACCCACCUCCAGGAAUGGAAGAGUUAGUGUUUAUUAAUAUCAAAGACAAGGCAACAGAACCAGAGAAUGAUAUAGCUAACAUGGAUGUCACUCUUGCUGGUUUUGAAGAACCUGCUGAUCAGCUUCUUUCUUGUGCUGCACAACCUACCCUUGACUUAUCAAAAGAACACAAAGGGGAUAUUGGAUUGUUAGAUCAACAGCUGCAUGACUCAUUUGGAGAUAAAUUUGAAUGUACAUGGGACCCGCCUCCAGAAAUAGAAGAGCUAGUGUUUAUUAAUAUUGCAGAUAAGGCAACAGAGCCAGAGAAUGAUAUAGCUAACUUGGAUGUGACUCUUGCUGGUUUUGAAGAAUCUGCUGAUCAGUUUCUUUCUUGUGGUGCACAACCUACUCUUGACUUAUUAGAAGAACACAAAGGGGAUAUUGCAUUGUUAGAUCAACAGCUUCAUGAUUCAAUUGGAGAUGAAGUUGAAUGUACAUGGGACCCAAAUCCAGAAAUAGAAGAGCUAGCGUUUAUUAAUAUCACAGAUAAGGCGACAGAGCCAGAGAAUGAUAUUGCUAACUUGGAUGUCACCCUUUAUGGUUUUGAAGAAUCUGCUGAUCAGCUUCUUUCUUGUGGUACACAACCUAGUCUUGACUUAUCAGAAGAACACAAGGGGGAUAUUGGAUUGUUAGAUCAACAGCUUCAUGAUUCAGUUGGAGAUGAACUCGUUGCUGACAUUUCCUGUCACAUCAGUUCUGCAAAAAGAAAAAAGAAAUCGAGGAGAGUGAAGUCCAAACAGAAUUUAUCCGUAGGAAGUGGAGAGUCUCAAUUCCCGUUGAUAAUUGAAGGGUUUUAUCCUGGUUUGAGUAAAUACUGGUGUCAAAGGUAUCGUUUAUUUUCAAAAUAUGAUGAAGGCAUUCAAAUGGAUGAAGAAGGAUGGUUCUCUGUUACUCCUGAGUCCAUAGCGAAGCAUCAUGCACAUCGUUGUGCAAAUGGUACUUUAGUUGAUUUCUUCACUGGAGUUGGUGGAAAUGCAAUUCAAUUUGCACAAAGGUGUAGACAUGUAAUUGCCAUUGAUAUUGAUCCGAAUAAAAUUGACUACGCACAACAUAAUGCAGCCAUCUAUGGAGUUAGUGACCAGAUAGAUUUCAUUCGAGGAGAUUCCUUGACAUUGGCUCCAAUGUUGAAGGUCGAUGUAGUCUUCAUGUCGCCACCAUGGGGUGGACCUGAUUAUGCCAAGGUUAAGACAUUUGACAUCCAAACUAUGCUUAAGCCACAUGAUGGGCAUUUUCUCUUCAACAUUGCCACGGGAAUUGCUCCUAAAGUUGUUAUGUUCCUUCCUAAAAAUGUUGAUAUCAACCAAUUGGCUGAGCUUGCUUUAUCCGCCAAUCCACCAUGGUCACUAGAGGUGGAGAAAAAUUUCUUAAAUGGCAAGCUGAAAGCAAUCACUGCCUACUUCAUUAAAUCUUCCUCAUAGCAGACAUGCGAGUCCGAGGUCAGCAUCAAACCAAGACUUUACAUGGUCCUACUGUAGUACUGCGAACAUCUUUGGCUCUUCUCAAAUCUCAAUUCGUACAUAUGUAUAUGUAUUAGCAUUUAUCAACAUAUUCUUGCACACACUUGUGUAAUACGGAGUACAUUAACUGUCAGUGUCAAAUGGAUGAACUAGCCCCUUUUGAUCAAUAUCCACUGAGUAUUUUAAUUAGCGGACAAAAUGUAGAAUUUAACAUUGUGUUUACUUUGAUUCUUCAUUUUCAUGGAGUAAACGUAUUCUGUGUUU